GUGAUGAGUCCUUUGAAGAUUUUAUGACAUUGUUGUCCGGGAGCCUGGCACCGAAGGUUGAAGCCCAGCCCAACUCGGCCGACAAGACGGCUGAAAUUGCGGCAGGCUCUUCCACCGAAGAGGAAGCCGACUUUUGUCACUUCCUUAAGUCCUGCGUAGUGAAGGAUCCGUCAGUUACCUCCGGCCAUACGGAGGAAAGGUCCGUUGAAGAUUAUCCCGACAUCGCCCAUGCACUUGCGACUCGUAAGGUCACAGAGUAUGCGUGGAGACCUGUUGUAGAUGAGGCCCUUCUAAAGUUCCUAGACUACCCCUUUACAGUUUCCUGCAUCUUCCGACAAGGUACCUGGAAGCCUAUUGGUGUUUUGUCCUUGCAUGCUGAUGAUCUCAUGAUUACCGGUGACAAGAGUUUCCUAGAUGGGUUUGUUAAGACAGUACGCAAGCAUUUCUCUAUCGGUCAUGAGGAUGUCAAUGACAUCAUGUUCACAGGACAGAGAGUUGCUUGGGUGUUUGAUGACAAGACCAAGAAGAAGAAAUAG